UGAAUAAGUUGUUCCUUCCCCAUUUCUAUAAUAAAGGCGGCAACAAGAAAUUUGAAUUUAAAAAUUGCAUUCAAAACAGCUGUCAAAUAGGUAACAUAGGUUAUGUUUGUUAUGCACUACUUCCCCUACAAGUUAGGAAAUGUUCCCUACAUUGAAACCUACUUUUAUAUACUCUGUGCAUCUGUGGGAGGGAGAUAAAAUCUGCAUGUUAUGGCAAUUAAAGUAAAAGGUAUGUCAAUCUGUCAGUCACUCAGGAUAUUGAUUCAGUAGAUGUCUGCAGCUGCAGUAGGAGGAGGCUUACAUAAUUUUUUGUGAACAUUCUUACUGGCUUGAGUGGCCUACUUUAGAUUUCAUUGUGACUUGUGUGUAACAGGUGGUUUUCAGGCAUUGUUCCUUUUAAAAAGAAAUAGUGUUAUUAUUUAUAUUUGCAUAGAGACUUUAAAUUAGUAGUUCUAUAAUGGCUUAUCCAGAAGAAAAAAAAUCCGUUGAGAUUGUGGUCAUAACGGUUGAGGUUCCGGUUCCCAACCCACCCCUGCCACCUGUUGCCAACGGAGGAAACAACAACCAAUCAUCGGCUCUGAAUGGACAUGUCCCACAUUAAUGAUCUAAUAGGCGUAUUGCGCGGGCUCCGUUUAGUGGCGGAAGCGGGUUUGAAAACUCAGCAAGAAGUAUCAAGUAUACUAUGGAAUAACUCUAGCUUGAAGCAAAUACUUUCCAACUGUCCGACUAACCCACUAGCCUUCAAUCCUAACCCACCUUCGGCGAAAGAGAUCGUGGAAAGGGCCUUUGUAGUUGCGCACGGUCUUCGACAGUUCGCUGUGCUACAAGUUCCAAACAUGAGUGCCAACGUGCCGGUCCCCGAAAUCGACCAGCAGAUGAAAGAAGAGAUUGAAGAGUUAAACAGGGAGUUCAACAGAACCUUCGAUACACUGAAGAAGAUUCAGAGCAUUGAUAUUCCGCCGCCCCCGGCUCCCGCUGUCACGCCCAUUGCCCCGUCUCAGUAUUCGGCUCCCAUCGAGGAGUUGCACGAUCGCAUACAGGAGGCUAAAGACCGCCAGAUGCAGGACACUAUUCGGGUGGUGGCUUCCUCUUACCCCGCAUCUGUGUGGAUAGACACGCCUAUGCCAAGUCCAAGCCCUUCUGAUUCUUCGUCCUCUAGUAACUCGUUGGGGCCUAAGCCUGUGGCUAAGAAGAAGAUCAGAGUAGCUUUGAGUGAGAACUCGAAGCCACGAGUGGUGCCUUCUUCGCGUAUCGGACGGAUGUUCUCGUUCGGAUCUUUGGCAGCCGGGCUGGGCGUGGGAACCGUAGCCCAGUAUGCUAGGAAUACAUUGCAGUCUGUGACGGGACGAGUCGAUGAGUCCGCUAAUGCGUUCUUAUCGCCAGCGAAUGCUGAAAGGAUCGUCGAUACGCUGUGCAAAGUUCGAGGUGCUGCCCUCAAGCUUGGUCAGCUACUGAGUAUUCAAGAUGAUUCGAUGAUAUCUCCGGAGUUGCAGCGCAUUUUCCAACGCGUCCGUCAGUCUGCGGACUUCAUGCCAUCGUGGCAAGUGGAGAAGGUGAUGAGCGCUCAGUUGGGUCCGGAGUGGAGACACAGAGUCGCUAGCUUUGAAGACAAACCGUUCGCGGCUGCUUCUAUUGGCCAGGUACAUCUGGCAGUGCUUCACGAUGGUAAGGAGGUUGCGGUCAAGGUUCAGUAUCCGGGCGUUGCUAAGGGCAUCAACAGCGACAUUGACAACCUGGUUGGAGUCAUGAAGGUAUGGAACAUAUUCCCCAAGGGUAUGUUCAUAGACAACAUAGUAGAGGUUGCUAAGAAAGAGCUUGCCUGGGAAGUAGAUUACUUGCGUGAGGCUGAAUGUACCAGGAAGUUCAAGAAGCUGCUCGCUCCGUAUCCCGAGUACUUCGUCCCUGAGGUCAUUGAUGAGCUCUGCGCUCCUGAAGUGAUAACAACGGAGUUGAUAGACGGCGUGCCGCUAGACAAGUUGUUUGACGCGGAGUACGAGGUCCGGGCUGACAUCGCUUACAAGAUCAUGCAGCUUUGCUUGCGAGAGAUGUUUGUACUGCGUUGCAUGCAGACCGACCCUAACUGGGCCAAUUUCUUCUACAACCCGAAUACUAAACAGGUUAUCCUGUUAGAUUUUGGCGCCACUCGGGAGUACUCGAAGGAUUUCAUGGACCAGUACAUUGAGAUCAUCCACGCUGCUUCCCGCGGUGACAGGAAGGCCAUUCUCGAAAUGUCACGCGAGAUGAAGUUCCUCACUGGAUACGAGUCGAAGAUCAUGGAGGAGACGCACAUUGACACGGUGAUGAUAAUGGGAGAGGUGUUCACGAGCGAGAGUGCAGGGGAGUUCGAUUUCGGCACACAGCAGACAACGCGCCGCAUCCAGGCCCUCGUGCCCACUAUACUCACGCACCGGCUUUGCCCACCACCAGAGGAAAUAUACUCCUUACACCGCAAGCUUUCUGGAGUCUUCCUCCUCUGCUCCAAGCUCAAAAUCAAGAUGAACUGCAGGAAUAUGUUCCAGGAGAUCUACGAGCAGUACAAGACGAACAGCUUCAGAUAGACCUUAGCAACCGUGGCUCAGGUGUGGUCCAGCUUCAAGUACACAAUAUUCAACAGCGAUUUCAUGGCCAAUUUUGACAUUCUCAAAUAAUUCCCAUUAAUACAUUCGUAAUAGUCAUAAUAAAUGUUUACGUGUAUUCAAUUCAGUGUUUAGUAGCUCAACUUGAUGGAUAUCGAUGUUUCAAUAGAUGUUUAUCGAUGUGUGUUUAAAUUUAGGAAUGUCGGGUCAUAGAAACGGGGUUUUCCGAGUUUGGUUCAUCAUGUGGCAAUGCGUGCUCGCAUGUAAUUGGAUAGUUUCCCAAAAAUAAAUCAUUUAAAUUUUUCAAUGCAAUUAAAUAUUCAAAAAUAAUCACACUUUCAUUCAAUGAUUUGACGAUAUACUUGACUAUUCGCGAGUCUGUGCACAGUGAAGUGCCCUAGUGACCUCAUACCCGGGUUACUACGACCCGAGAUACACAUGCAUUUUAUCAAGUAGUUCAGAAUAGAUGAUUGUCGUCAACCGUAGUAGUAUUAUCUAAUCUUACUAAACAUAAUAAUGAACUGUAAAUUCUGUUGCUGAUUUACAACGAUGCAGAAUAUUCUAAGUUAUUUUAAAUAUAAUUUCAUCUGGAGGCAUUUUUGUUACCAAUUAGAUUUAUAUAGGUUAAGUUGUACAAUAAUACAAUCUAUAAUUUAUUUAACAGUUUUGUUCGUAUAAGUACU